AUGUCUCCAUUUACAGCGGAGAUGUGCAAACGCGUCUGGGCUACGGUCGUUGAGCUUGACAUUGGAAUCUCUACUCAAAUGGGCCUUCCUCGACUGAUUGCUAUGCCAGCUUCGCGUCCCGAGACCGAACUCACUCCCAUGCUGUACCGUCUUGUGAAGGCAAGAACAAUGACAACAAUUGGCUCCGUGUGGGAUCUUGUGACUGACACAAGGCAAUGUCCCUACACGGAGAUAAUGAAGAUGGAUAGCAUGCUUCAAGAUGGCCAUAGCGCAAUCCCACCAUGUCUCCAGUGGGUUUCUAUGGCCAACUGCAUCAUGGAAUCACCGCAAGUGAUCAUGCAAAAGGUGUUCCUGGAGAUUAUGUUCCACCGUGCGCGAAUUGCAUGUCUAGAUGCCGCGCUCAAACUUCUCGACUACCAGCACGUCCUCGAAGAAGAGAUGCAGCCAUUCUGCCGAUUGUACCAGGAGCGAUGGCGAGUUUCCUCUCUGGUUAACCAUAAUUUCCUGCUCGCGACUAGCAUUCUGUGCUCCUACAUACAGCGAGCUGGUGCGCAAAGUAAAGGAGACGCAGGCGUCGUAACCGAGGCGACCAUCUGGACGUCACUCCAAAAAACAUACGACAUCUGGGUUCAUUCGAGCAGCUCUUCGAAAGAGGUACAGAAGGCAGCGAGAGCUCUGAGGGUCAUUCUCGAAAACCGCAAUUGUAUCAUUAGUGACAGUGCAAAUGACGAGACAAACCCUUUGCUUUUGCGCGUUCCGCCGGCAUCAUUUCAUGAUGGUCCCGUCUGUCCGGACCCUGAAGGGAGUCGCACCCGUUUCAACAUUCAAUUCCCCGUUUUCGGUGCGACGGUGUUGACUAAUUGGUCUAUGGCAAACGACGACACUGAAGGCUUUCCGAUCACGACACCUGCUUCUAGUGUCGACUGGCAAAUGAUAGACAGUAAGCCCUUUGGCAGCCCGUUUUUCUUCUGGCUUAAUUCACAAAUUCCAGCCUCGAUAAACGGACGUUAA